AUGGCCGCGUCGAAUGACAUGCAACAACAGCAACAGCAACAGCAACAACAAAAUCAAACAAUCGAGUUCCCGCUGACCUUUAACUGGACGCUGUGGUGCAAAGAGUGCAGCGGCGGCGGCGGCGGCCGCAACGACGAAGACUGGAUGGACAACGUACACGAGCUGUUCGGGGUGUCCACCGACAAACAGUUUUUGGCGGCGUACAAACAAGCAAAGCUGCCCACCGCGCUGCCGUUGGGCUACAACUAUUAUUUCUUCAAGAAGGGCAUAAUGCCCAUGUGGGAGGCGGCUCCCAACAAGGGCGCCGGCGCCUGGGUGGUGCUGUUGCAGGCCAGCGCGCAGAGCGCCGACCUGAACUUCAUCUGGUCCGACAUGCUGUUCAUGUUGGUCAGCGGCGACAUCGGCCACCUAGCCAAGUACAUAUGCGGCGUCACGUGCAACGUCCGGCGGAGCAUGCACAAGGUGGCCCUGUGGACAGUCAAGACCACGGCCAGCAACUACGAGUACAUAUUGGAGAUCGGCAAGAUCUGGCACAAGUCCAUCGCCAACGUCUACCGGAUCAAGUACAUCAAGUACAGGCUGCACGAAGGAGUUCAACAGCAAGAGUUUGACUACGCCCUGUAA